AAAGCCACGUCAUAUUUUGUAUGCUUUGUGAGUUAGGUUCGCGAAGUCUUAGUUUGUUAUAAAAAAUUACUUUUCAAUAACUGAAAAUAUGAACAUAUUUCGACUCUUAGGUGACUUAUCGCAUCUCCUCGCGGUUAUUAUCCUUCUGCUUAAAAUAUGGAAAACGCGAAGCUGUGCCGGUAUAAGUGGCAAAUCGCAAAUUCUGUUUACUAUUGUAUACACGUUGCGUUACAUAGAUUUGGUGACAACAUACAUUUCAGCGUAUAACACAUUUAUGAAAAUCAUUUUUAUUGUAGCCUCUUGUGCUACGGUUUCUUUAAUGUAUGUUAAAUUUAGAGCAACAUAUGACCAUAAUCAUGAUACAUUUAGAAUCGAGUUUUUAGUCGUGCCUGCAUUCCUAUUGGCACUAUUGAUCAAUCAUGAUUUCACAAUCAUGGAAGUUUUAUGGACGUUCAGCAUUUAUCUGGAAUCUGUAGCAAUACUGCCGCAGUUAUUUUUGGUGUCAAAAACGGGGGAGGCAGAAAGCAUUACCAGUCAUUAUUUGUUUGCUUUGGGAUCUUAUAGAGCACUUUAUUUGUUGAAUUGGGUUUACCGCUAUUACGCGGAGGAUCAUUAUGAUUUAAUUGUUAUAAUUGCUGGUUUAGUACAAACAGUUCUAUACUGUGACUUUUUCUACCUCUAUAUUACCAAAGUAUUGAAAGGCAAGAAAUUACAACUACCUGCUUAGCUGUUUAAAAGUAUUAUUAUUUGAAGAACUUACGAGUGCUCGUUCGGGCAACAUUAAUUGAGUUUAUAUAAAUUUUGGCAAUAUUCAAAAACUCAAGGAAUGCUGGUGUAUAAAGUGUACAUUUUAUUAAGUACAAAGCAUUCCAAUUUCUUGUACUUUUACCAUCACAUGACAUCCAUGCGCAACUGUUCAUCUUAAGUCCAUGCGAUUACAUUUGUUUUAUGCGGAAUGUUGUCCUUAUUGAUUUUCUAGCAUAUUACAUUUUUUGACGGUAAUAUUAUAAAGUAAGGUAGCUGCAUAUUUCACAAGUUAGUAAAUAAUAUAUCAAAUACAAAACAGAAAUGAAAGUCAUUGCUGUUUCUAAAAUUUGU